AAAAUACAGUGCACGUGCCUUGUGUCAUAUGUCAGUAGUCAGACAGACAGCUCUCAACUCAUCAUAACCUCAAAAAUUGCUCCAAAGAAAUUUUCAUUUCAGUAGUUUCCAUUUUUAAAAUUACUAUUCAAAAUAUUUCAAAAUUUUGUAAAACAGUGACCAGGCUCGAACAGAACAGAAUCUAAUAAAAUUAAUGCCCUGACUAAUUUCCCAUGUACCUACACGUUGAAAAUUCCGGAGCACUUGUGAUUUGGUGAAAAAUACUGACAGACAUUAUAAAGGACCUUUGUAUUGUUAAAAUCGAACGAAAUUGAACACUAAAAUUUCAAAUAAUGGAAGAGUACACUAGGGAACCAUGUCCAUGGAGAAUUGUUGAUGACUGCGGAGGAGCUUUCACAAUGGGCCUCAUUGGUGGAGGUGUCUUCCAAAGUAUAAAGGGAUUCCGUAAUGCCCCAUCAGGUAUCAACAAACGUCUGAUUGGAAGUGUAACAGCUAUAAAACAAAGAUCACCUAUCAUUGCUGGUAAUUUUGCUGUAUGGGGUGGCAUGUUCUCCACAAUAGAUUGUGCCCUUAUUCACAUGAGGAAGAAGGAAGAUCCUUGGAAUUCAAUAAUAAGUGGAGCAGCAACUGGAGGUAUUUUGGCAGCAAGGAAUGGCCUACCUGCCAUGGCUGGCAGUGCUCUGAUUGGUGGUGUUCUUUUAGCCCUCAUUGAGGGGGUAGGAAUCCUAUUUACCAGACUUUCAGCAGAACAGUUCCAACCUCAGCUGCCUCCCAUGGAGGAUCCCCAGAGUCUUGGGGAGCAACAACCACCUGGGGGGUAUGCUUUUCAGUAGUUUCUGCUUCAUGUUGUAUAGUUGUAAAUUAAUUAAAUAUUUCAAUUGGACUGGUGAGUUUAGUGACAUUUUGCUGGAAACACAAUGUUGUGGCUUGUAUGAAAGCUGUUCCUUUAACAUCUUGGAUGUUUUUUGUGAAAACUGAAUUUGCUGACUGGUAAUGCUCCAGGAAAUAAUUCAACUCAAGAAGAAAUUUGUGGAAUAUUCAAUAUUCCUAAUUUUGCUCAUAAGAUAUUGGGAAUAUUCUUUAUUUCAUUGAUUUUACUUCUUCAGGAUAAGAAUCAAUAGUGUUCAAAUGAGAUCAUAUUGAAUAUUGAUUUUCUUUAAUGUUUUUUUUUUAUUAUAAAUGUUUAUAGUUGUUUUUUUUUUUCAUUUCACUUGACAUUUGACCCUAUCUAGGAAACAGGAGUAGGUCAUGUUUUUGAUGGGUUUGGUUUGAAAAAUCCAAUCUACUGCAAAAUGAAUAUUUAUUAUAGUCAAUAGGAGAUUAUGGAAGAGUAAAGAUAUUCAUCACAUUCAAACAAUUUAAUUUCCAUUUAUUUUUAGGCCCAUUAACAAAUGUUCAAUACAAUUAUUAGGUCUUUUGAGUACAAAAAUAGGUAGGUACAUUAUUAGGUUUAUUGGAAGUUCAUUAAUUUCAAAUUACAUUGUCACUCAAAAUCCUCAUUUUAGAAAUUCAUUUAUUUUGAUGAAACAAGAUUCUGAUUAUCUACACUAAUAAUAGAUACCUAUUUAUAAUUGUUAUUGACUAAUAGAAUAACAUGUGGUGCAAAAGAUUUUAUUAUACAUUCAUUCAUAGAUAGAUACAUCAAUUUGAAAAUUUGGGAUUGUUUGUUGUUAUAGAUUUUUAUUGUGAAUACUCAAAGAUCUGACUGUUUAUUAUCACCUUUGGUAUUUCAUAUGAAACACCCUGUUCACCUAUCCACAUCAAAUGAGGACUUCAUGAAAAAAUCUACAUCUAUUUAAGAAUUUCCAGUACAACAUCCUUCAUAUUUGUCAAAAUUGGGAUUCUACAUAUGUAUCAAAUAUGCUUCACACCAUAUGUCUAACAGUUUAGAAGAAGGCGAAUUUUUCAUCAAAUCCAACUUCAGGAACAUAUACAACAAGAUGUUUUUAUUCAAAAUGUUUGAGUGCUAAAAUUCUCUGCAUCUGAAGGAAUAUUGAACAUGUUUUCAUUUACUAUGUAAAAAUUGCAAUUUGCUUCAAAAAUGAUUGUAUCUUGAUUAUUGAGUAGAAAAUGACAAAGUAUUGCCAGAUGCUGAGGAUUAUCUCCAAAUUCCAGAAAGUUAAAAGAUAUAACAUAUCAAUUCUUGGUAUUCUAAUGUGUGACACAGUUACAAGUUACUUUCUAUUUUGCUUCUGAAGCAUUAGGCGUCAAUUCACAAUUAGGGAAGACUAGUGAUGUAAACGUGGCACCACAGCAUUUAAAAUAAAAUAUUACGUUGAAGCCAAGUAACUGAAACAAAAACAAUGCAUCAUCAUAUCCACUAAAAAAAAAAAAAAUCGAAUGAAGUAUCAAUUUCUCUCGGCAACUUGACAACACCGUUAGCAUAAGCAAAAUUCGCAAACUGAGACAUCAGGGGCGGCCGAGGGGGCGGCUAUCCUUUUUUCAACGAAUGUAAUAGUUUUCAAUCUUUGAUAUGAAAUAGCAUUAUUAUACUUUUGGUUCUACCCGAACGCACUUUUUGCAGACAGCUAUUUCAUUGAAGAUCUAUAUUGGCUAAGCGUUGUUUUAUUCUAACGCUUUUUUGGCCGACAGCUGUUUUAGCCGAGCGCCCUUUUGUUUCAACCACAACGUCUUCUCGACUGCUGUUUUUACGUGAGCUAUCUUGGCUAACAGCUAUUUUUAAUCAGUGCGCUAUUUGGUUGAUCUCUUCUUUGGGCAAGUGUUUUUUUAAUUUAGCGCGUCUUCUCCAGAGUGCUCCUGUUUUAUCUGAAGACUUUUUUGUCCGGGUGCUGUUUUACGAGAGCUAUAUUGCCUAACAGCUAUUUUAUCAAUACUCUAUUUGGUUGAGCGCUGUUUUGGCAAAAUAUGUUUUGGUCUAACGUUUUAUUUCUUUGUGCGUUGUUUUAUUUUUUAUUUGUGGGUUUGCUUGGUGCUUUGUCAUUGCAAUAAAGAAACACAAACUUUCACAACUAUUUUAAGCAAUUGCUGUUUCGGACAACCGUUGUUUUGGUUUAGGAUCUGUCCAACUGUAGGUAUACUCUAAUAUAUCUGAAGCUAUAUUUUGGACAAGUGCUGUAUCAUCAUAGAGAGGUUCCACACGGGAGACAACUAUUUGGUAGAUUGAACGACACACAGCCGAUGAGCGAUGAGGGCUAUUUUGGACAAGGAUUUUUUUGGAUUGGCGUAUUUUCGAGUGUGCGCUGUUUUAUCUGAAGGCUGCUUUAGCAGAGUGCUCUUUUAUUAAAGCGAUGUUUUAUAUAUACGAUAGGCUGCUAUUAUAUCAGAAUGGUAUUGUUGGUGCGCUAUUUUGGAAAAGGUAUGUUUUGGUUUAACGUCUUCUUGUUUGUGGGCUGUUUCAUCUGGAGGUUUUUGCCUGAGCGCUGUUUUAUCAAGGCCCAUUUUAGGCCGAAUUUUCGAGGGGAUUCUUUUAGUCGAGCGAUCCCAAAUUGGAGUUGACGAAGGGCAGCGGCGUCAGACGGGGAAUCACCGGGUCAUCGGGGAGUCCCUCCUCGUCCUGUCAACUGUCGUCGCACACGACAGCUAGAGAAUGGGCAUGGGUCAGGGCUGCCCAAAGGGGGGACCUGGAAGCACAAAAUAUAAACAAAUGGUCGGCACAAUAUCGAAGUUAAUUUAAUGUUCGACGUG